AUGGCUAUCUUGAAGAAGAAAAGGCUGAUAUGGGGGAAUGCAGAGUACCUCAUUAUUCCUGAUCCUGGGACCAGGCUAGGUAGUGGUGGUGCCACCCUCAAUGCUCUUCUCAUCGGAGCUGAAGUCCUCUCUGCUCAGGCUGGAUUCACUACUGUGAAUGGAGACAUCUUCAAGUCAUGCCUGGUCCUUGUUGUACAUUUUGGGAGGAGUUUUGCCUACCUGCCUCAGGGCAUGGGCUUCCUCUGUUUGCCUUGUCAUGAGAAGCAUUCCAUCUUCAAUCUCCCAUCACAUCUCCUUAACAUUAUGGAUGUGUGCAAUGCU